AUGCUGGGGUGGCAGGAGGUGUGCGUCCAGGUGGGACGCUUCUGUCGGACCCCCAUGGGCAUGGAGGCCGCCCAUGGCCCGCAUGGCCUGGCCUUGGGCUCUUCUAGGGAAGUCAGCGAGCGCCUGCUGCGGGAGACAGAGCAAGCACUGCACCUCACAACACCGCUGUCGGGCGUCUCAGACUACCUCGACGCUGUGGAGGGGGCCGGUGCGGGGCUGGUGCUGAGCGUCGACGCCCUUGGAGCCCUGCUCCAAACCCUGCAGCUGGCGGAGGCCGCACGCGACGGCCUGACUGCUCAGAAGGAUGCCCGCCCGGACCUGGCGGCCUACGGCCCGGCGCUCCGCCUGACGGAGCUCCUCCAUCCCCUGACGCUGGCCGUGAGGCCUGGCGUACCGGACCUGCUGGACAGCGCAUCGGCAGAGCUGGGCGCCGUCCGGGAGGCCGCGCGCCGGGCCGCUGCAGAGCUGGACCAUGCCGCCACGGCCUGGGCGCGACGGCUGCACGCGUCGGGCGUCGCCGAGCGCCCGCUGGUGGUGCAGCGCCGAGACCGGGCCUGCUGCCCCGUGCGCCGCGCGCGCAAGGGCGACCUGCCGCGCGGAUCGCUGACCCUGGCCCUCAGCGCCUCGGGCGCCACCGCCUACAUGGAGCCCGCCGAGCUGGUGCCGCUGAACAACGCCAUCGCCGCCCUGGCCGGGCGGGAGGAGGAGGAGGUGGCGGCGGUCCUGGCCUCGCUGUCUCGCCAGGUGGCGCGGCACGCCGGCGCCCUGCUGGCGGCGCGCGACGCGCUGUGCGCGCUGGACCUCGCCUCCGCGCGCGCCGCGCACGCCCGCUGGCUCGGGGCCCAGCGGCCGACAUUCGGGGCGGGCGUGGAGCUGGAGGGCAUGCGCCACCCGGCGCUGCUGGGGGUCAGCCUCGGGCAUGCGUCUGGCGGGGAGGAGGCCGGCGCAGAGGGCGCAAGGGCAUCCCCCACCCCCUCCCUCCCACCACCCCCGGUGCCCAUCGGGCUGCACAUCCCGCCUGCCAGCCGCGUGGCGGCCAUCACCGGCCCCAACACGGGCGGCAAGACCGCCGCGCUGAAGACACUGGGCCUGGCGUGCCUCAUGGCGCGCGCUGGCCUGUUCCUGCCCGCCGGCCCAGGACCCCGCCUCCCCUUCUUCGAGGCGGUGCUGGCCGACCUGGGGAGCGGGACCGAGCCCAGCGAGGGCGCCGCCAUCGCCACGGCGACGCUGACGUGGCUGGCCGGGCGGGCGGGGCUGACCCUCGUCACCACCCACCACACCGCCGUCAGGGCCCUGGCGACGUCGCGCGACGACUUCUGUUGUGCGGCGGUGGGCUUCGACGGAUCCACGCUGCACCCCACCUACAGCCUGACCUGGGGCUCGCUGCGCGGCCUGGCGGAGGAGGUGGGCGGCCUGCGCGAAGAAAGGGCGGCGGCGGAAAGGGCGCUGGAGGCGGCUCUGCGGGAGCGAGCCACAGCCGAGGCUGAGCUGCUGGCCUGCGAGCGGGAGGCCGCGAACGUCGAAGAAAGAAUGGCCCAGGAGGCUGCUGCGGAUGAGGCAGAACUGAAGGCUCGCAUCCGUACCAUGCUGCACGAGGCAAGGACGGGGUUCCUGGACGGCAAGGCUGCGCGGCGGGAGCUAACCCAGAUGCGUGGCCGGCUGCAGCCGGCACGGGAAAAGCAGCCCCCGGGGGCGCCCAACCCCCGGGCAGCGCCCGUGGUGCGCGUCGGGGACAUUGUGGCUGUCGCGCAGCUGAAGGGCGCAACGGGGAUGGUGGUCAAGGUUGCGGGGGACGUGCUGACGGUGAGGGCGGGGGCCCUGCGCGUGCAAGUCAGGGCUGCGGACGUGUGGCAGGCAGGCCAGGCAGCCGCCAAGAAGCGGUAG